CCACGUGACCACUGUCAGACGUUUCAAGAUGAAAUGGUGACAAAGUUUCUUUUUCAUAAUGUGACACAACGCUCGUGUGUAAGACUCUUUUGUCCCCAUGUCAAACCCUGUAGAUGUUUAGAUCAGGCACUGCUUUGAACAGCUCGUCGUUUCCUGGGUCCGCAGAAGAAGCGGAAGUCAGUGUUGAGUCAGUCAGGGUGUAGUCUCGUUACUGUCCCCUGUCCUCGCUGUUCGAACAUGGAUUCAGGUCUGUGUCUCCGUGUCCUCAGAGGACAGAUGCUGACGAAGACGAAGACGACGACGAUGAUGAUGAUGAUGAUGAUGAUGUUGAUGUUUGAUUCUUGUCGCGCGGAGGAUAUAAACGUCGCGGUGGGCGGGACCAUCAUCCUGAGUCCUCAGACGGCCCCGAGCGGUGAUAUCGGGUGGAAACAUGGAGGGAACCAGGUGUUGGAGUAUGAGGGCGGUGAGUUGGAGCUUUUCAACAUUUUUCUAAAUCGGACCGAGCUGGACCGAGUCACCGGGCAGGUGAAAAUCAGUCAAGUGAAAAAGGCGCACAGCGGGACGUACGUGCUGUAUGUGGGCAACGUGGAGCAGCCGGAAAAGUAUCACGUUUCUGUGUUGGACAAAGUGCGCAAACCCACGGUGGUCAGCAAAACUCUGGUCUGUCUCCCACAAUCGGCGUCCUGCAACUUCAACUGUUUAAGUGACGUCACCGGGGCGGGCCCUGUUCACUACAGCUGGAAGGUCGGUGACGUGUGGAGCCUGGAGCAGAAGAGCGCGAGCUUUGUGUUAAACAACACGGAGGCCACGAGGAAGGCUAAGGACAUCUUCUGUCGCAUCAGCAAUCCAGUCAGUACAGAAGAGAGUGACGCCUUCAAACAGCCAUUCGAAGACCAAGAAGUCCAUGUGUCCACUGGAGUCAUCGUCGGUAGCAUCUUCGGUGUCCUUGCCUUCCUUGCCUUCCUUGCCUUCCUUGCCGUGCUCGGCCUCUGGAUUUAUAAGCGAGACACAAUAAGACAGCUGAUUGGACAGAAUUAUGAUCCUGCAAGUUCAGAGGAAAGGUCUAAGAAGAGAGAGUCCAACAAUGGCCUUUAGACUAUCGGUGGGGUCUUCUCCUGUGAUACUGGAUCACAUCUAGACUCUGCAGUGUCUUCCACAUCUGUCCAUCCCUGUCUCUGUCUCUGCUGGAGACAUGAGGACAUGGUGGACACUUUUCAUCAUCAGUGAGAACAUGUGUAAAUAAAGAGUUGGUUUUAAUGUGAACUCAUUUCUGCUGAGUCAUGUUCAUCAUGGAGAAAACCAACCAUUCUAUUCAAGUCAAACUGUCAUCUCAUCUCCUUCCAUCACUGCACGACAAUGACGUCUCCCUGCGUGUGAGGCUAAACCUUUUCAAAGAAAUGUCCUCAGAUUGGUUGAUCAUCAGCUGUGGGUCUGCAGUCAAUUCUCAUUUUGACCUUUGACCUCGGGAUGAGGCUCCUGGAUUAGGACCGUGUCAACUGAUGUGGAUCAUGAAGAUGUUGUUGAUCUUGUUGUUGUUCAGAUGUUCAGGUCUCGACUCCAUGAAUCACGCAUGAAGUAAACUAACAAACCUGUGCUCACAAGAUUUUAUUGCACUGCUUGUGUGUUUGACUGCUUUAGUUCUUACUGUUACCAUGACGAUGAGUGGCAGAGCCAAACUGUAGAAGGGAAAAGAAUAAAGUCAAAAUAUUAGGAGAAUUUUAAAGAAUCCUUAUUUUAAUCAAGUGUGUUCUUAUUAUGAAAUACAUGUAAACGGCACAUGUCUGUUUCUCUUAAGUUUGGCCCUCAUACUCCACUAUACCAGACUUUCUUUUGACAAAAUGGAGAGAUGUUAAUCAAAGCCACUUUUCGUUGUUUUUAAGUUAUUGUGUUGAACAAAUAGUUUUUACCACACAUUUAUGUCAAUAAUGUGUCUUUGCAAAUAAAUGCCGGCGCAUGUAAAACA